AGGAAAUAUGGAAAUACAGCAAGAAGAAGGAAUAUUCUUUACAACAAGUGUUCUUGAUAUUUUCUUCUGGAGUUUUGGCUUUUUCAUACUUUCGAAGGUUGCUACAUACUUCACUGGGUCAACGAGCAAGGUGGAGAAGGUAAAGGAGCCAAAGCCAGAACCUCCUAAGGAAGAGACUAAGGUAGAUAUACUUCAGAGAGAAAUCAAGGAGAUGAAGGCAGAAGCAGAGCAGUUUAAUAAUCCCUCAACUUUUGCCAAGCAUGCGAAGAUUAAUAGGAAGAUUAUUAAGAAGGAAAACGAACUUGAAGAAGAACUUAAAAAGCAAGCAGAACCUAGUCAAGGAGAGAAGGAUGAUGAUCAGAAAGAUUUAGCCGAAGGGAAAGCCAUUCCAACUCCGGGUAUUAGUAUGAAGAAAGUAGCUUUUAAAAUUUUGUUUGAGAUCUUACCUCUUAUCGUAGGAGUGAUGAUUUUCCAACCAGUCACUGUUUCUUUACCUAAUUGAGGGAUUACCUGAGCUGAAGGGAUUGAAUCAUGUCCUUCUGCAUCCUAUGAUCCCAUUUUGAACCUUCUCUCAUUCAGAAGCCCAUUUGGGAUAUGAGAGCCAAUGUUUACAGAAGGUCAUUUCUACCGUAUAAAGACAUUCAUGCUCCUGAACUUCUGCAGAAUAUCCAUCAAUAGAAUUGCUAGCAUUUUUAUUAAUUAAAAGCAUUCAAUCACA